GCGCAGACAUGAGGGGGGAUUCCAGGUGCUUUUGAGUUCGCGUAACGCUCUAGCCAAAGUCUGUCCGCGAUUCGUCCGCCACUCCUCCAAGUCAAGCCCGGGCAUCGGGAACGUCAUGGUUCUUCUCUGCCGACAGAGCCUUGCAACCAUGAGCGUCUCUUGUCCGUCAUAAUGGUCCUCAAAAAAUCAACGGCCGCGCUCUGCUCCCACGCCGGCGUCUUCUCCUCGUUCCGCCCUUUGCCGUUGACAGCGUCCCCGGUGUCGUCCCAUAACCAUCUCCGCCACGCCCGCCGAUAUGCGUCUGUCCAAGACGAGAGUCAUCGACCAGAUGUGAAGGACGCCGACACCCCGCAUUGGCCGGCCUCUCCCUCUCCCACCCCCUACGAGAUCUUCGCGCAGGCCAGCAAAAGCCCCUACGACAAGGGCCGCUUCUACCAGCUGGUCAUGCUCUACCAUCCCGAUCGACAUUGCCACAGCUCCCACGACGGCAUUCCCUCCGUCACGAAGCUCGAUCGCUACCGGCUUGUCAUUGCAGCCAACGACAUCCUCAGCAACUCCGACAAGCGCCGGCUGUACGACCUCUACGGCACCGGAUGGAAGCAACCGAAAACACAGAAUGACCAAUCUGAGUCCGACGUGCGGAGCACCUGGCGUGAUGUAGACAAGGCGUGGAGACAGAGACCUGGCAAUGCCAGCGCGAAUGCCACAUGGGAGGACUGGGAGCGCUGGUACCAGGAGCGAGAUGGGAAGAAGCAGGAGCCGCGGUUCAUGUCCAACGGCGGCUUCGCGAGCGUCAUCGCCCUCUUCGUACUGGUCGGCACUUGGGGGCAGGCCACACGGGCGGAAAUGAACUCUGCGACUCUGCUGGAAACGCGAGACCAGCGGCACAGCUCCAUCCACCAUGAUUUCCAGCACCACCAGAGCCAGAUUUCGGGCCUGGGCAAGGAGGACAGGGUUGACGCCUUCUUGCGGCAGCGAAACGCCUGGGAAUACGCGUCACCUGGACACUUGCAGCAGGGAAAUGUCAGAUCCCUUCGCCGGUAG